ACAGGACCCGCCGCAGUAGAAUCUCCCGCCGGGCCCGGGGCCGGGCGCUGAUUGGCCCUGGGCGCGGCGGCGGAGGCUUGCGAUUGGUCAGCGCUCGGCGCUUAAAGUCGGUGGCGCGGGAACAAGCGCUGUACCAGCAGGAGGAAGCAGCUGAUUGUUCCUAGUCCUGAGGGCUUCACAGAGGCGCCAUGAGCUGCGUUAACCUGCCCACUGUGCUGCCCAGCUCCCCCAGCAAGACCCGGGGGCAGAUCCAGGUGAUUUUCGGGCCGAUGUUCUCAGGAAAAAGCACGGAGCUGAUGAGACGGGUCCAGCGCUUCCAGAUUGCCCAGUACAAGUGCCUGGUCAUCAAAUAUUCCAAAGACACUCGCUACAGCAGCAACUUCUGCACUCAUGACCGGAACACCAUGGAGGCACUGCCGGCCUGCCUGCUCCGCGAUGUGACCCAGGAGGCCCUGGGUGCAGCUGUCAUAGGCAUCGAUGAAGGGCAGUUUUUUCCAGACAUUGUGGAGUUCUGUGAGACUAUGGCCAACGCCGGGAAGACGGUGAUCGUGGCUGCACUGGAUGGGACCUUCCAGAGGAAGGCUUUUGGGCCCAUCCUGAACUUGGUGCCCGUGGCCGAGAGCGUGGUGAAGCUGACUGCAGUGUGCAUGGAGUGCUUCCGGGAAGCCGCCUACACCAAGAGGCUGGGCAUGGAGAAAGAGGUAGCUCCUACCCACCUUCUGCCCUGCAGGGCGGGCUGGGACGCAGCUCUGCCUCCUGAGUCCACGCCCUUCACAUCACCCCUUCUGUGUCUCUGUGGGCAGGUUGAGGUGAUUGGUGGAGCGGACAAGUACCACUCUGUGUGUCGCCUCUGCUACUUCAAGAGGGCCUCGGGCCAGCCUGCUGGGGUGGACAACAAAGAGAACUGCCCGGUGCUGAGCAAGCCAGGGGAGGUGGCUGCAGCAGCCACCAGGAAGCUCUUUGCCCCUCAGCAGGUCCUGCAGUGCAGCCCGAUCAACUGAGGUGGCCUUGGAAGGUCCACCUGCUCCCUGUGCUGCUGCCGCCUAGCGGACGCCUGCCCUUACCCGCUGUGUGGCCAGUCGGGGAGGAAGUCAGGAAGGGUUGCUGUGUCUGGGGGACUUUCUGAGGCUGCCACAUACACGUCACAUGUCACAUGCUCCCUCAUUGCCUGCUCACCAGCCCUUUCUUGGUUCCCCUCUGGGCUGUUGGGAUGGGCUACAGACCCCCCUCCUCUGAGGAGUGGGGCAGAGCCACAUGCUGUUGUGACAUCAGCGCUGCUGGCCUCUUUCCCCUUUGUGGCUUUCACUGUCAAGUUUCUGUUCUCCCUGGGAAGUCUGGGCACUAGCACUUUGCCCCGUGGCCCACACAAAGGCUUUGUUCCCUAUGCCAGGACAGGUCCCACCUUCCCCUGGGGACGGCCUGGCCUCACGCCCUCUGGCUCCCUUUGGGCUCAGAGCCCUUCUGUUCUGCAGCUGUUUUUCUCCAGAACUACAGCACUUGUCACCUUGUGACACUGACUCAGCUGGGGCUCAGACCCCAGGAAUCAUCGUUUAAAGUGGGAACCAGGAGGAAGGGUCCAUGCUUCUGUAGCGUGUGAAAUUAGUAACUAAUAUUAAAAUUCAAUAGUUGG